AUGAAACUUACAAUACCAUUUCUACCCCGAAAUUCUUCUUUUGACUUUUUACACAAAAACUACAGAAUUAUCGAAUAUGUGGGAAAGGGACAGUUUGGUAAUACAUACAAGGUGCAAAAUACCAUAGAUUAUAAGAUAUGGCUGGCAAAAUGUAUUGAUCUUUCACAAAUGGAUGAGGACGACAAAAAUAGAAGUCUUCAGGAAGCGGAGAUAAUGAAGAGCAUUAAUCACCCUUUCGUCAUCAAGUGCCAUGAGUCAUUUAUGCAUGAUGAUGUUUAUUUAGUCAUUAUAAUGGAGUAUUGUGAGAGAGGAGACAUUGGAGCUGUAAUUGACUCUUGUAUCUCAAAAGGGACAUAUUUACCAGAGGAAAAAAUCUUAAAUUGGUGUGCUCAGCUUGCAGCAGGACUUUAUUAUUUACAUAAUGAAUGCAGAAUAAUACACAGAGAUAUAAAGCCUUCUAACAUAUUCAUUAGGGAAAAUGGGGACCUUGUUAUAGGAGAUUUUGGAAUUAGUAGAAUUAUGCUCAGUGUGACUAUGCCUUUCACUUUGACUUCAAUAGGCACUCCUCAGUAUAUGUCGCCAGAAAUGUGUGAGAAUAAACCAUAUACAUACAAAAGUGAUAUAUGGUCAUUUGGAUGUGUAAUGUAUGAGUUAACAUGCCUAAAACCUCCGUUUUCUGGAGAUUCGCUAUUAUCAUUGGCUUGGAAGAUUUCAUUUCAAGAAAUAGAACCGUUACCGAGUUGUUAUUCAUAUAAUUUAUUUAAAUUAAUACAAAGAUUAUUGUCUAGAGAUCCAAUUCUCCGUCCUGAACCAAUAGAGAUUUUGAACAACGACUUGCUUUUCGAAUUUAAAAGCUUGUCAGAAUUCUUACCAAGUAAGGUUGCAAAUGCUUCUAUAAAAAAUAAUGAGAAGGUAAACGUAAUUAUUAAUAAUCAUAGUGAAGACACUUUCAAUGAGGGCUGCAAUAAUCAACUUGAAGAAGAAGUAUCUGAUGACUACAACAACACUAUUCAGUUAGAUUUAAGAGCGAAUUCAGGGUCUAGCAUUGAAAUGAAUGAUUCUCUUAGCUUUUCUGACGAGAUUUACCAGUUAUAUGAGACGGAAAGCGGACAAAAAAACAGAGAGCUAAGUGGAAUUAAUCAAUUCACCAUACACAAUAGUCAAGCAAAUAAACAGGAAGAAUCCAUAAACUCGAUUUCCUCGUCUCCAUUGUCCAAUUUUGCAUACAAAUGCUCCUCAAACGAAAAUUGUUUUUCGGGAGGAGAAAAAAUUCGAGGUUAUUGUGACAGAUUGACCAACUAUGAACACCAAUACUUUAGUGUAUUGGUUGGAAGGAUACAACAUCAUAUUUUGAGAUACUCAGAAAAAAUGAGCUCGGAACUCUGCUCGGAAAAAGAAGAUAUACUCAAUUUCCUAAUAAAAAGCUUCAAGUCUUGUCAAAGUGACUUAUAUUCUUUGGAUAGUUAUAUGACCUCAGAAUGGUUUUUUGAGUUCGUUAAUGAGCUGAAUGUAGGAUUAUCAGAAAAUGAAGUUUCACUCUUUCUUUCAUAUAUUGGCCAUUAUAUCUACUCUGAAAAUGAAGAUCCGUAUUCUGAAUGUAAAAAGAAUGAAUCAAAGAACACCAAAAGUAGCUAUAAAAUAAGGCAUACAAAAUCUUCAGGUAGUUUGAUUUCUAUGGAAGUAUCUAAGACAAUGAGAAGCAUUGAUUCAAGAACAAAUAAUAAUUUUCUCGGAAAUGCUGGGUUUAAUGAAAAUAUUAAGUAUCCAAUGCAGAAUAAAAAAAGCAAUGGGUUUAAAAUGCCAAAAAUAUACGAUUUUAUCGAGAAGAUCUACUCUUGGAAUAAAAUCAGAUUCAACAAUAAGCUUCAUGACCAGAGAGUCAUAGAGUCUAAUGAAGCUAGUAGUCUGAGAUUUGAUAAAAGACCUAACUUAUUUCCAAUAAGUCCAACUGUGAAUUAUGGAAGCAAGAAACAAAAUGUACAUUCUAUUAAGCCUUACUUUUAUCUUUUUAUUACAGACUGGAUUCAGAGCAUAUUGACUCCUAUUUUAGCUCUAAAUAACAUUACACAAAAAUCAAAUCAAUCUGUGAGAAGACUAAAGAACAUUACUUUAAAGCAAGGAUUCCACUUAUUCGAUCAGAAAGCUCAGGGAACUUUGCCCAGACAACAUUUCAGAACUGUGUUAUAUUUAAUACUACCAAAGCUAACAUCAGUACAACUUGAUUGGCUCUACGCUUUAGCUCCAAAAGAUUUUACUGGAAAUGUCAAAUACGAACAAUUUCUAGAGUUCAUUGAUAGUAUUCAAAAUACUGGUGAAACCAGAACUUCUGAGGAAAAUAAUAAGAAGGAAGAAAUUCUUAGUGGAACCAGGGGAAGAGGAAAGCCAGAUAAUCUAGCUGAGAACUCUAACUGCCCUGAAGGUAAUGAAAAGAGUUACAUGGAGAAGGAACAAAAUAGUAAAACUUCAAUAAACGCUCAAGAAGAUGUUUUAAGAAGUGGAACUGAAAACUCUAGUCUUCUUACUGAACUCCAACUUCAAAGAGAAAAAGCCCAGGGUGGACUGGAAAUUAGAGUGACGAACGAAAUAGAAAAUUAUGUGGGAGGAAAAGCAAAUGAAAGGUCGCAACAAGACGGAGAAUCUGAAAUAAGCAGUAGUGGAUAUAAUGACCUCCCUAUUUUACAACAAGAACUGUAUGGCUUUGGAAUACAGGACGUGGUUCUACUUCACUAUAACAGUCAAGCUUGUAUGAGAAGGCCUUCUCCCUCUCCUCAACUGUUGGCAAGAGCCAGAAAUGCUUCUUUCAUGAAGAGUACCAGGAGAGUUUGUGAAAUCGAAACAGUUUGUCAAAAUAAAGAAAACAAUUUAAGAGAAAAUCAGAACAUCACUGGAAAAGAAGUUAAUCAAAAACUUCUGAAAUUCAAAAAACGGAACUCCAAAUCCAAAUACAAUUCAGAGAAUCAAAACCUAAACAUUAAUAAUGUUCAGAGAAGGGAACAUAAAGGAGAAGAUGGGUUUAAUGUGAUCAGUAGUAAAAGACAAAACUUUUUCUUAAACAUUUCAAAGAAUGCGGUUGGGAGUUUAAGUAAAGAGCUGGAAAGUUUAAUUCAUAAUUUACAGGUUGAAAGAAUAUAUACAUGCUGGAUAACAGCAAAGGCUUCAGAAAGUCAGGAGGAGGAUUUAUUUGGUGAAGUAUUUGAAAAACUCACAAAAAUUCGUUUAGAAACCAGUUUUUCUCUAGAUUUGCUGAUUUCAAAUCUAGGGAGGAUGAGAAGUUUUGAUAAGUUUGAUUCUAUUCUAGAACUUAACAAUAUAUUAAUUAUAUUAAAAGAAGAGCUUCCGUUGCAAAGGGAUGCUAUUGAUUGUAUAUUAAGAGUGAUAGACCAUAUGGAACUUUCAUCUGAAAAAGAAUUCAAUACAACAAUGAAGCAGGAUGGUCUCUUUUUACCAGAUCUAUUUAAUGUAAAGAAUCAACUUAAUUCAGACGCCUCAAAAGUAUAUAAAGAAAUCAUGAAACAAGCAAUUACAAAUAACAUUGUUUUACCAAUUUCAGCUAAAAGAAAAUACAAAUCUAGCAGAAGCUAUGAUGUAGAUUCAGCUUCUAUCCCAAUACAAUUUGUAAACAAUCUUAAAAAAAAUACUGACAUUUCUAAAUCUCAGCUUGCCUCGGACUCAAAGGUUUUUGAUUGGACUGGAAAGUUUCUAGCGUCUUUUGAGUUCUUUGGAGAAGCUACGGUUAAUCUAAUUCAAUGUGGAAUAAACAUAUUGGAAAACACAAGAAACUAUAGACAAGACUCUCAGUUAAAAGAAACAACUCUAAGAGACUUCUCACAACUCAACUUUCUCAUUGAAAAUUACAGACAGUGGUCGCAUUUAAAAGAACACGUAUCCAGAGAGUGCGCUUUUGUUGCAUCUAUUGGAGCUAAUCAUGACCUGAAAAAUGACAUAGAGACAGCUAGAAUCUUCUUGGAAUUAUUAGGAGCAAGAAGAUUCCAAGUAAAUGUUACCUGGCAACAGCAAAGUAGUACAGAACAACAACUAUUCAGAGAAUUGUUUUUUCUAGAAGAGUCUCUAUGGAAUAACCAAAAGUGUUACUCUCAAAGAGAAGAUGCACUCUCAUAUACAAGAAAGAGUGACUCUGAACUUUGGCUAACUUGUGGCGAACAGACUUGUGGAGCAUUACACAGUACUUGCAAUAAAUUUAUCAAAGAAAUUCAGUUCCUAUUAUAA